UUCAAUCUGCACAUGUGCGGCUCCCAUGUUUACGGAUGUGAGGAGAAGAAAAGUAGUGAACAGUGAAACAGAACAUUUAAUCAGAAAUGAUCAAACACGUUUUCCUAACAGGACCUCCGGGUGUGGGUAAGACCACCCUGGUGCAGAAGGCCUGUGACGUAAUGGUGUCUUCAGGUGUGUCUGUGGAGGGCUUCUACACCCAGGAGGUCAGGGAGGGGAGGCGCAGGGUCGGUUUCGACGUCGUCACUGUGACCGGACAGAGAGGACUCUUGUCCAGAGUCAGAGAGAAGUCUGUAGCUUCACAUGGAGGAGAGAUACACUUGGACAGUAUGUGUGAUGUACCAUCGUUGUGA